UCUCCACUCCAGUCCGCGCGGCGUGGCGCUCCGAGAAGCACGGCGACGGCGCGCAGGCCGAGCCUGGACAGCCUGGAGCUGAGAAGGCCACUGACAGCGGCAGGCAGGACGCCAGUGACGCCGAAGGGCACCGAAGGGCCGAGCCCAGGCCGCUGCCUUCGCUGCCUUCCCUGCCUUCCCUGCAACUGGGCGGCCGGUGCAACAACGCGGCCCGUGCCCUCGGCCCGCCGACGCCCCGGCACGGCACGGCACGGCACGGCACGGCACGGCACGCGGGCUUCCGAGAACACCUUAAAUGAAGUCUUGCGAUGCGGGGCGGCCGGGCUUUGCCAACCACGUCAAGGAAAACUUGUGCCGUCGGUGGUCGCCGCGGCGGCGCGCCGUCCUGCUGUUGCUGCGGAGCCUGGAGUGCCGAGUGAGCGAGUGAUUGACCAGCUCUCGGUGCAGCGCUCGGUCCAGCACGCUCCAGCACGCUCCAGCACGCUGCAGGCCGCGGGGGACACGACAACGACAACCCCCUCGACCAACACUCAACCCUCCAGCCAAGAUGCAUUCGGCGAGGCUGCUGGUCGUCGGCGUGCUCCUGCUAGCUCUGUCGGCAGUGGGGGCACCGCCACCCUCGGGGCCCCUUCGGGUCGAGGAAGCCGUGUCCAUUCCGAUGUCCACGGACGACGCCUCCAGCGCGCCAUCCUCCAGCUCGACGGCCUCCAGUGCAUCGGCCUCCAGUUUGCCGGCCUCCAGCACUACGGCCUCCAGCACGACGGCCUCCAGCACUACGGCCUCCAUCACUACGGCCUCCAUCACUACGGCCUCCAGUGCAUCGGCCUCCAGUAUUACGGUCUCGAGCACUACGGCCUCCAGCACUACGGCCUCCAGCACUACGGCCUCCAGCACAACGGCCUCCAACGUGUUUGACAGCGUGCAGGCGGGUGUGGAGUCCUUCUCGCUGCUCCGCGACGCCCCGUCGAGCCCCGGCGGCGAGGGCGUCCACGCCGCUGUCACCGCCCCGCGGUCGUGGCUGCACCGCGUGCGGUAUUCCCACGACGGCAGCCUUGGCGGCAGCCCUCCGGCGCCCCGGGCGGCCAACAACGCCACCGCCACGUACGACUACGACGAGGUGCUGCGGCUGUCGCUGCUGUUCUACGAGGCGCAGCGCUCCGGCCGCCUCCCCGCCGACAACAGGGUGGCGUGGCGCGGCGACUCGGCGCUGGACGACCGCGGGCAGCGCGGGGAGGACCUCUCGGGCGGCUACUACGACGCCGGCGACUUCGUCAAGUUCAGCUUCACGAUGGCGUCCACCACGACGCUGCUGGCCUGGGGCUUGGCGGCGUACGGCGACGCGUACCGCGCGGCCGGCCAGUGGCGCCAGGCCGAGGGCGCCGUGCGCUGGGCCGCGGACUACUUCAUCCGCUGCCACGUGUCGCCCGACGAGCUGUACGGCCAGGUCGGCGACUUCAGCCUGGACCACCGCUACUGGGGCCGCCCGGAGGAGCUCAACAUGACCAGGCCCGCCUACAAGAUCGACCGCGAGCACCCGGGAUCCGACCUGGCGGGCGAGACCGCCGCAGCGCUGGCCGCCGUGGCCGUGGUGACGAGGGACUCGGACCCGGACUACUCCGCGCUGUGCCUCCUGCACGCCCGGCAGCUGUACCGCUUCGCCACCCAGCACCGCGGCCUCUACCACCAGGCCAUCAAGGGCGCGGCCCAGUACUACGAGUCCACCGACUACGGCGACGAGCUGGCCUGGGCCGCGGCGUGGCUGUACCGCGCCACCAAGGAGAGCGUGUUCCUGGACGAGGCCGAGCACCACUACACGCAGUUCCUGCUGCGCGACCGCCCCGCCGAGUUCUUCUACAACCGCAAGGUGGCCGGGGUCCAGGUGCUGCUGGCGCAGCUGACGGGGCUGCAGGAGUACCGCGACGCCGCCAGGGCCUUCUGCGACCACAGCGUGCUGCACCAGAAGCGCACGCCCAAGGGCCUGCUGUACGUGGAGAAGUCCGGGACGCUGUGCCACGCCGCCAACAUCGCCUUCGUCUGCCUGCAGGCCGCGGACGCCGGCAUCCAGCCCGAGCAGUACCGCGACUUCGCGCGCCGCCAGAUCCACUACAUGCUGGGCGACGCGGGCCGCAGCUUCGUGGUGGGCUUCGGGCGGCGGUGGCCCACGCAGCCGCACCACGCCGCCAGCUCGUGCCCCGACAGGCCCGCCGUCUGCGACUGGGGCGCCCUGGCCAGGCCCGCGCCCAACCCCCAGGUGCUGUACGGCGCGCUGGUGUCGGGCCCCGACGAGAACGACUUCUACGAGGACAUCCGCCGGGAGUACAUCUACAACGAGGUGACCCUGGACUACAACGCGGGCUUCCAGUCGGCGGUGGCGGGGCUGCGGCAGCUGCAGCUGCGCGCCCAGGCGAACGAGACCGCGCGGUAGAGGAGGCGGGAGGGCGCCCCGACGCCCCGAGCCGUACUUACUUCCCACUUGUGGGGCGAGGCCCCGCCAGCCCCGCCCCACGUGCCCGCCUUGUGAUGCCCUUCGUGUGAUUCAUCAUGCGUUACCAGUUUCCCUCCCCGUCGACUGCAAGCACCGCCGGAUCGGGGCGCAGAGGCUCUGCUCGCGCCCUGCCGCUUUGCGCCCUUAAAGUCAAGACUCGUUUUUAUACCUCGACUUAGUGUAAGUGAAUUCUUCGUGCGUGUAUUUCAGUUCUGCACACUGUAAGUGGACUGAUUUGAUCCAACAUAGCCGAAGAAAAAUGUCAGGCUGUGAAGUGAAAUGUUUUUUUUUACAUUAUUUUGAACGGAAAGAACAACGACGCAUAUCGAUAA